CAAUCGGACUAAACAGCGAACUGCCAAACAUUUCAAUUCUGUUAUCACCUGAAAUAACAGGUUGAGUGUAAUCCAAUUUUUCUUUUUUCCCAAAUGUUGAAAGUCCCGAUUGAUUUUAUUUCGGAUGUUUUUUGCAAGUUUUCUAAUGUGAGAUAAGAUCCAACUAGUGUUACGUACCUGUCAAGUUGUUCACGUUGUUUGUUGCAAGGUGGGCGAGGUCGAUGAAGAUUUCGGAAGAAAGAAAAUUGUGUAAAACAUGUCACAAAGUUGGCAAAGCGUGAAUGAAACUUUGUGACGUCUGCAAAGAAAAUGAACGAAGCGAAAAGACUAAAAUUAGAAGUGUCAACAAAGCCAACAUUAAUUCCAAUUUUAGCAGACGUUUUAACCGAGGAAUUGCCACUAAUCGAAGUUUAUUUAGCAACAAUCAAAGACCCCAAAACUAUAUCUAGAGUUGUAGUGGAAUUAAACACAGUAUUACCAAUUCCCGAACUGACUCAUUUGAAGAGAGUCAAAGGGAAACAAAUUUUACUUUUCCCUAAAAAUAUUGUCGAGAGAGACAAUGUCUUGAGUUAUCUUACCGAAAAAGGGUUUAAUACGGACUUAAUUGAGGGUGAUAUCAAAGUCGGGAAAGUGGCUCAAAUUGCUCCAAAGGUACGCAAACAAUACGAAGUUGUCCACAAACUGUGGCCUUGUAAUUUCCACAGUAAUCCCUACCUGGAAAAACUGAGCACAAAUUCGCUUUUCUCGCAAAGUGAGUUGGAAAAACACGCGGAAUUUAUGAGAAUUGCGAUCGAUAUUUGCGAAAUAACGGGAGUGAAGGAGAGUGCAGUUGUGGUUGAUCCUGUUGGUAACACUGUCGUGGCUUUUGGGUUCGACUUAAGCCAGGAGUACCCAAUCAAACAUGCCGUAAUGGUGGCAAUUGACGAGGUGGCAAGGAGUCAAAAAGGAGGAGUUUGGGUGAGACACAAGGACUAUGAAAAAAUUGAAACUUUCAUUAAAACGAAAUACAAAGAUUUGGAAUUUGGGUUCAGCAAUUCCGAGGAGGGUCCUUAUCUUUGCACCGGGUACUCCGUCUAUUGUAACACUGAACCUUGCAUCACUUGUGCCAUGGCUUUGGUUCACAGUCGCGCGAAACGAGUUUUCUACGGUGUGAAAAGUGCCAAAGGUGCUUUGGGAAGUUUGUGUAAAAUUCAUAUCGUGGAGAAUUUGAAUCAUCAUUACGAGGCGUUUUCCGGCUUGUUGGAAGAGGAGUGAUUUUUUCCUUAAUUUGUGUACAAUGUGUGGGAUUAAAGCGAGUGAUUCCUUGACCUCUAUAGAAUGGAUAGAUAGUCGUUAAACUUUUGUUAUACGAGAUAACGCUCGCUUUGAUUACAGAUAUUAACAGAAACAUUUUAUUUGAAACGUGGUGUUGUUAAGCGCAAAGUGCUAGGAUUUCAUUAUUAUGGAGCUUUUGGUAAUUGGUUUUGAGGCGAAGCAAUGGAUCAAGAUACGGUAAUGAAAUUCAUUGUUUAAAUUUUGCUCCGAAAACAACUGCGUCAUUAGUUUAGAUAACUAAAAAUUUGUGCAUUUGUUUUAUUUGUAGUCAGCUGGUUGGUUUUAAAUCACGCGUUACGUAAGGACGAUCUUAAUUAAAUGUAACAUUUAUUUGUUUUAUACUGCCAUCACUAUGAUUAUGAUAAAAAAUUGUAUGCUUAUUGUGAAAUAUAUUUUUUAUCUUGAA